AUGAGGAAGACGACGUUAAGCUUCCUACUGGUGGUUUUCGCAAUCGUCAUGACGGCCAUGGCCCCACCGGUUCAUGGGCAGAUAAACCCUGAUGAUCAAAGUCCCAAAGCCGUGGAACGUUGGUUCAAGAAGCUUGGGCAUGCAAAACAAGAAAAGUUAACUAAGCUCCAUUUCUAUUUCCACGACAUUCUUUCUGGGAAUAAGCCCACAGCUGUGCAGGUGGCUCAGGCCAACAUUACUUCUAAAUCACCCACGUUGUUCGGCAUUGUCAAUGUAAUGGAUGAUCCAUUGACGGUGGGACCAGAACCCGAUUCGAGAAUCAUCGGUUUUGCUCAAGGGUUGUAUGCUUCAGCCUCGCAGGAGGACGUGGGGUUGCUCAUGACCCUUAAUUUUGUUUUCACCGAUGGCAAGUAUAAUGGUAGCACUCUCAGUAUUCUGGGACGCAAUCCUGUGUUUCACAAGUACCGAGAACUGCCGAUACUCGGUGGUUCUGGCGUUUUCCGGCUGGCACGAGGGAUCGCCACUGCAAAGACGCAUACAUUUAACGCUACAACAGGAGAUGCCAUUGUUGAGUACCAUGUCAUUGUUAUGCAUUAUUGA